GGAGCUAGAUCUGGUUGUUGUUUGGAAGUGGAAAGAUGGCUGCAACGGAGGUGCCUGGAGGUUUUGGACGCGGUCGUGGUCGAGGUCGAGGGCGAGGCCAUCCUGGCAGCAUUGGCCUUAAUAUAUUAAAAGAAGCUUCUAAACAAAAAAUCAAGCCUCCUAAGGGAUUUCUAGAAGAAAAGGGGCUGCCAAUCCCAAAUAAUUAUGAGAAACAAGAUCAAGUCUCUGAAACUAAAAGCAAAAAUUCUACUCAAGAGAGCUCAUCAGAUGAUAAAACUGGAUUCAAACAGGACCUUUCAAACAAAGUUAAAGAGUGUUCACUAAAAGAUGAGGAAAGUCCCAGGGAAGAAAAGAGAGAGGAUCAAAGCAAGGCAGCAACUUCAGCAUCGAAUGAAGAAGCACUAUCUAACACUGCAACAGUAGCAGUUUUAAAAACAAAUCUUAAUGCUGGAGCUAAAGAGUUUGUUCCAAGUUCAAAAGCAGUUAAAGACAAAUUUUCAGACACAAUUCAAGAAGAGUUUUCUCUUGAAGUGUAUGCUGUUGCCUUAAAUGUCUUGUCACAUAGACCUGAUAAAUUUGAUGAUGUCAGUAAAGACCUGUUGGUAAAGAUUUCAACAUCUUUGAAGCAGCCAACAACAAUGAACAAAGUUGUUGAUGUUCUUCUUGAAAAGGCCAUCAGUGACAACAACUUUCUGUAUUCUGCUGUGCGAAUGAUAUCAGUAUUUUUGGAAAGCCUUCAUGCUGUUGUUAGCUUUAGAGAGUGCUUUUAUCCAAGGCUUAAACAACUGCAAGAGGAAUUUCCAAUUCUUCUGAACGACCGUGAAAAUGCACAAAGUCAGUCUAAAGCGCUUGGCAUUGCCCUUUUGUUUGCAGAUCUUCUUUGCCGUGUCGAGGUUAAAGAAAACGAACUGAAUUCACAAUUCGUGGAUGCUGUAUUCCAAAUUGUCGAACAAUUGAAAGAAAAGCCGACAGAAAAGAUGGUCACAACUCUGAUAAAAGUGCUGAAGCUCGCUGGUCCAACUUUGGAUGAGUAUAAAACGAAAGGCAACGGCAUACCUAAGGUUGAUGACAUGUUCAGCAGUUUCUCUGAUCCCAACGAUAUCAAAAGCUGGCUUGCUCAUCUAGAUAACGGUGAGAAGCUUUGCAAUAUAAUUUUCAACAUAUACAAGCUGCAUACACGGAACUGGGAUCGAGAGCCUGUGACAGUGAAUAACUCGAGCGGCCAAGAUGAAAAUCAGAAGACACUGGCAAAAUCUGUUGUAAAUCAAAACCAGGUCUCAAAUUCACCUUUGAAAGCUGCAGCAGCCGAAUUUGUCCCAAGUGCAGGUUCAAAGCUUCCAACAAAUGAGGAUGAUCAAGAUGAAUUUCUCCUUGGAGUUUUUUAUGAGACUAUUGACGUCUUGACAUAUCGACCUGAUAAAUUCAACAGAGUUAUUGAAAAUUUAUUAGAAUCUGUUUCAAUGUUUCUCACCCAAAAGACGACCAUGGAACAAAUUCUAGAAAUUCUUAUACAGCAGGCGACUUGCAAUCACAGUUUUAUUGUCAUGGCUGUGCGAAUCAUAGUUGUGUUUCUUGAAAAGCUGCAAAUUGACACAGCAGAGGCAAGCUUCAAGUACUGCUUUUAUUCGAGGAUACAGGCUCUUUCGACCGAAUUCUACACACUAAUAAAGGAUCGUGAUAACCCCGCAAGCCAGACAAAGGCAUUUGGUAUUGCGCUGUUGUUUGCCGAUAUGCUCUGUCAAGUAAAGGUGGCUGGUUCUUUGAAUAUUCCAUUGAAGGGAGCCGUGUUCCAGAUGAUAAAUACUUUGAAAGAAAAUCCAACAGAACCGAUGGUUCACCUUCUUUUGGAUAUUUUACAGCAUAUUGGACCCACUCUGGAUGCCCACAAUAAGGACCGAAGCUUGCCCGAGGUUGAUGUGUUAUUUGACAGUUUCAACCACCCAUCAAAGAACAAGGCCUGGUUGUCCCACCUCGAGAAUGGAGAAAGGCUCAGUAACUCUGUUUUUGAAGUUUACAAGUUGCACACAAGAGAUUGGGAUCGAGAGGAGGAUGUCGAUACGGAGGAAGCUGUUGAUUGGAACGCAUAUUGUGGUCCGGAAAACGACGAUCCAGUAGAUGGCUACGACGAUUCAUUCGAACAAUUUUUGAAAGAGACGGGCCAGGUGUGAAUCUCUGUUUGCUGGGCUUCAAGAACAGUUAUUCCAGGUACUUGAGUUUUCGUCGAAUUUUCGCAGAAUUCUUUUGCGCGCUUGUUUUCAUUGUAGAAAUAUGUAAGUAAGAUGUCCUAUAUAUAUAUUUACAUUUAA